AUGACCACCGCCGCUGCCAAGCCCAACAGCAAGGACAAGAAGGACCAGGUGUCGCCUGCCAAGACCACCGAGCCGGCCAUUGUCCUGAAGCUUGACUUCUACAGCGAGCUUCUGCAUCUCAUUUCGCUCAUCGAGCGGGCCGCUUCGUCCGGUACGCACAGCGGAGACUCGCGCCUGGCCGCUCGCGCUCUGCGUGCUCUGCCGGCCGUCCGCCGCCGCACCGGUACCCUUGCUCUGCAGAGCUUCCUCAAUGAUCGCCUCGUGAGCGACUCCGACAUCCAUGCGCAGAUCACCUCCAUCAUCAAGAAGUCCGACCCCGCCCUGCAUGGUGGCGACAGCGUCACCCCUGCCAAGUCCCUCCAGAGCGUCCUUCAGGCUGCCGCUGCCGCCACCGCCGCCACCGCGGCUGGCGAUGCGGCCGCCAAGGACAAGGACAAGGACAAGGAUGUGGAGAUGAAGUCGGCCGAGGGGCCCGGCACCGGCACCAGUGCCACCACCCCCAGCGCCGGCACCGCCCCCGGCACGACCCCGACCAAGGACAAGGAGUCCAAGCAGGUAACCCAUGUGGUCCACGCGCCGCCGCAUGUCAGCGGCACCGCCGAGUCCUCGCUCUUCAUCGGCCUUGUGGCGCUGGUUUUCCUGCUGGACAAGAACCGCUCGGAGGAGGCUGGCUGGCUGUCGGAGCUGCUGCUGGCCAAGUGCGCCUCGCUGCCCCUGCGCUCGAUGGACCCGCUCUAUGCCAAGAUUGUUUUCUACCGCGCGCGUGCCCUCGAGGCCACGCAGAACCAGACCAGCAUCCGCGCGCCCUUUUUCUCGCUCCUCCGUGUGGCCACCGAGCGCCACCUGGAUGAGACGCGUUCGGUGUGCCUGAAUGAGCUCCUGCGGGCAUUCAUCAGCGCGCGGUCCUUCGACACGGCCGAGCAGCUGGCCACUCUGGCCGCCAGCCAGGCCUCCGGCACCGGGAUUGCCUCGGCUCGCGAUGCCAAGUCCGGGACGGCCAACGGCGGCCCGGUGGACCUGCCCAGCGCCUCGCCCGGGAACUCCACCCAGUCCAAUGACACGCCGAUGCUGGCCCUGCCGGCGGCCGCGUCCGGCCCGCAGCACGCGCGUUUCCAUUUCUACGUCGGCCGCAUCCGGGCCAUCCUGCUGGACUACUCGGACGCCCUCCGCCAUCUGAAUCUGGCUGCUCGCCGUGCCCCGCAAAUUCAGAUCGCCGCCGGCUUCCAGCAGCAUGUGGCCAAGUUCCAUGUUGUCGUGCAGCUCCUGAUGGGCGAGAUCCCGGAGCGCUCGCUCUUCUGUGAGCAGUUCCUCAGCCGGCCGCUCGUGCCGUACUUCCAGCUGACGCAGGCUGUGCGCACUGGUGACAUGCGUCUCUUCCGCGAGACCUUGGCCAAGUACUCGCACCUCUUUACGGCCGACGGCACCAUGACUCUGAUUCGUCGUCUGCAUCACACCGUCAUCAAGGCCGGCCUGCGCGUGCUCGCCUCCGCGUAUACCCGCAUUCCGCUUGAGCUGGUCGCCAAGAAGCUGGGUCUGGUCACGGCCGACGCAUCUGCUGCCGAUCUGGCCGCCGCGCGUGACAACGUCGAGGCCAUCGUCGCCCGAGCCAUCCGUGACAAUGUCAUCGCCGCGGAGAUCGACCACGAGGGGGGAUUCCUGCAGACCAAGGACGAAGUGAACAACUACACAACCAACAAAACAAAACACGUGUAUCGCCAGCGCGUGGACUACUACAUGGCCCUGUACAAUGCCUCGGUCAAGGCGCUGCGCUUCCCGGACGAGUCGUCCAAGGACACCGACGAGGUGGACCCCGAGAAGGAGGAGGAGCGUCGGGCCAAGGACCAGCUGGUCAACCGCCUGAGCUAUCCCCACGACAUGGACACCGACGAUGAGGAUGACGUGUUGCUCGACGAGGACGACGAGUCGGACUUCUAA